UCCAGACGGUUCGGUUCGGUUCGCUUUCGAUUCCAUGUGCUCGGUGCGACCAGACGGUCUCGCUUGCCGGUGAACGAAACCAAUUCGAGCAAAUCAUCCUAAUCAUCGCAGUGUGCGCCACACGGACAGUUUAACGCCUUUUCGCAGUGCUCCACCGUGUUGAGAAGAAAGAAAAGCAGCAAUGUCUGUGAUUGGCAUUGAUUUUGGCAGCGAUCUUUGCUACGUAGCCGUAGCAAGAGCUGGUGGUAUUGAAACCAUCGCGAAUGACUACAGCUUACGACAGACACCAUCAUGUGUGGCGUUCAGCGGAAAAAACAGGGUCAUUGGUGUUGCAGCCAAGAACCAGUUGGUUUCCAACACGAAAAAUACCUUUUUCGGUUUCAAGAGGCUGUUGGGAAGAAAGUUCAAGGAUCCGUUUGUACAACAAGAGCUGAAAACAUUACCAUUCAAAGUAGUUGAAACAGCUAACGGUAACAUAGGAAUGGUAGCCAAUUACCUUGAUGAAGUGCACACCUUUACUCCAGAGCAAAUCACCGCUAUGUUAUUUACAAAGCUGAAAGAAAUCUCAGAGGUGGCACUGAAGGCGAAAGUCAAUGAUUGUGUGAUAUCUGUUCCAUCAUUCUUCACCAAUGCAGAGCGCAAAGCUUUGUUGGAUGCAGCUGCCAUUUCUGGCUUAAAUGUUUUGCGUUUGUUCAAUGAAUCAACGGCAACAGCUCUGGCGUAUGGUAUCUACAAACAAGAUCUUCCCAACCCAGAAGAGAAACCGCGCAAUGUUGUGUUUGUUGAUUGUGGAUACAGUUCUCUUCAAGUAUCUGUCUGUGCCUUUAACAAGGGUAAACUAAAGAUGCUGGCAUGUGUGUCAGACCCCAACCUUGGUGGCAGGGACUUUGAUGUCAUCCUCGCUGACCACUUCGCUGAAGAAUUCAAAGCGAAGUACAAAAUUGAUGCAAAGUCAAACCCACGUGCUUAUGUGCGCUUGUUAGGUGAAGUUGAGAAGCUGAAGAAACAGAUGUCAUCAAACUCAACUAAGCUUCCAAUCAACAUUGAAUGCUUUAUGAAUGACAUUGAUGUCCAUGGAGACAUGAAGCGUGAAGACAUGGAGGCUCUUUCAGGGCACUUGUUCCAGAGGGUGGAGAACGUCUUAAAGCAGUGCCUUGCUGACUGCAAGCUGAAGGUGGAUGAAAUUUAUGCUGUGGAGAUCAUUGGUGGCUCUUCAAGAGUACCUGCUAUCAAACAGCUCAUUGAGCAGAUUUUCCUGAAGUCCCCAUCCACAACCCUCAACCAAGAUGAAGCUGUGUCGCGUGGUUGUGCUCUUCAGUGUGCUAUGCUGUCACCUGCCGUCCGUGUCCGUGACUUCAGUGUCACUGACAUCCAGAACUUCCCCAUCAAGCUCAUCUGGGACGCCUCAAAGGGAGAUGAGGGUGAAAUGGAACUUUUCACCCCUAAGGACGCUGUCCCAUACACCAAGAUGCUCUCCUUCUACCGCAAGGAGCCCUUCUCAAUGAAAGCUGUAUAUACUGGAAACAUUCCAUUCCCUGAUCCUUUAAUCGCCCGCUAUGUGGUAAAGGAUGUGAAACCAACUGCCCAAGGCACCAGCCAUAAGGUGAAAGUGAAAGUAAGGGUGAACCUUCACGGCAUGUUUUCUGUAAGUGGGGCACAGUUAACGGAGAAGAGAGACGCGACAGAACAAGAGCAGGCUGAGGCAGAGCAGAAGGAAGCGGAAGCCAAACAAGAGGCUCAAUCUAAGGAUGCCAACGACAAACAAGAACCAAUGGACACAGAGUCAACUGAUGGUUCAGAGCUCAAUCACAAAGAUGAGCCCAUGGAAGAAGACAGCGAUAAGAAGGACAAAAAGAAAACAAAACAAAUUGUGAAAGUUAUAGAGUUACCUGUGGAAAGCACAGCAACUGGCUAUACUCAGCAGGAGCUGAACCUUCACAUCGAAGAAGAGUGCAAAAUGAUUGCGAACGAUAAGCAGGAGAAGGAGAGAGCUGAUGCUAGGAAUGCCUUGGAGGAGUAUGUGUAUGAGCUGAGAGGCAAAUUGGGCGCUGAUGACGAACUAGGAAUGUAUGUGACAGAAGCAGACAGGACAGAACUCUUGCAGAAGCUUGACUCUAUGGAGAACUGGCUUUAUGAAGAGGGAGAGGACUGCAACCGGCAAGUUUAUGUGGAUCAGCUGUCUACCCUCAAGAAACUUGGAGAACCCAUCAAGGAAAGACGCCUGGAACACGAACUGCGGCCGUCUGCUGUUGAGGAAUUGAGGGCUGCUUUGCAAUUAACAAGGAAAGCAGUAGAACAAUGGCGUGCUGGUGAUGAGAAGUACAGCCACUUAACAGACGAUGAAAUGCAGCGAGUUCAAACCUCAUUUGAUACUGCCCAGCGAUGGUUAGAUGACAAUGCCUCAGCACUGAACCCCUCUAACAAGACUCUGGACCCCACCAUCAAAGUAUCAGCAGUCAGGGAACAGAAACACUCUUUCACGAGCGCGGUGACGCCUAUCCUGGCCAAACCAAAGCCUAAGGUGGAGCCCCCUCCAACAGCGGACAGCAAGGACGCCACCGACAACGGACCCACAGCAGGAACUGGUGAUCAUAGUUCCCAGAAGAAUUCGCAGGAGGAGAAAAUGGAUGUGGAAUGAGGACCACUUAUUGUUUAAUUUAAAUGAAUUCAACUGUGCAUAUGUGAGUGAAUGUGUUGGCAUGUAUGUGACUAGUGUUUUAGAAAGGUGUAAAGGAAGACGUGUGAUUCCGUAUUUUGCAGUCAAACUGCAAAAUGACUGCUAGUUUUCUUGCGCAAUCUUGAAUGGUUUGCACUCCACUCUUGUCAUUCUGUUCUUUUUUUGAAGAAAGCACUUACACUAAUUUGUCCUGGUACGUUUAUAGUUUGUAACCUGAAUGUAUUAUCUUGUGUUAUCUUUUUAUACCACCUAAGAGAAGGUAAUUUCAAGGCAAUCAAGUCGAUCUGCAUUUUGUGUAGAAUAGUUCCUAUACUAAGAUUGAAUUAUUUUGGUCUGUUUGUGAACACUUACUGUUAUGUGAUCCCAUUGAAAAACAAUCUGGUCUGAAAACUUACGCAUGGUACAGGGUAGGAAGUGAGUGCUUCAAGGAAACUGAGAUUUCAUUUUGAUUGUUGACCCAAUUUCCUUUUAGCAGAUUGUUAAGAGUGAGUCUUUUCUUUUUUAAAAAUUAUUUUAGUAGUAUUCUUUUCACAUUUAUUUCUCAAAACUGGCAUUAAUUUCCCUUUGUGCUGCUGGCUGGAUUAGUAGUUGUGAACUUUUAAAAAAAGUUGCUUGUCAUUUUAUCACUUAAGGGCAGCUCUGAUCUCUCUGUAGCUUGACCCUUUAUUUGUCAUCUUAGGUUUUUCAUGCAUCUUUAUUUUUGUUAUGUUCAAUGUAUGUGAUAAGUUUGUGGUAAAUUAUGGCUUAUUAAUUUUGUGCCUUUCGUGUAUGUUGCUAAUCCAGUUUAAAUAUCGUCAUUGUGGAAACUUAAGUGCUUCUUAAGUUGGGCUCUAAAACUAAUGAUUGAUUAGGCUCUUAAACCAAACGUCGUUACAAUUUGUAUAGAGCUACAUUCGAAGUGAAGAGCCUUGUUCUAUUUCCUCAGAUCAAUAAUUUAUUCACUGCUGGCACUGUAUAUUAAAGUAGAGCUAAACCAACUGAUACUGUACUAAAAUCAAGCCAAAUACAUUGAAUUUUUUUUCUUUA